GGCGUUUUGGAGGGAGUUUGCAUGUGGUCAGUGCUGUGCCGCUAAGCCAGCCCCCAGCUCACAUUACACACUACUGUAUUUAUAACCUCUCGGAGCCGUUUCCCCCUUCAAGCAGUUCUCUGGGACCACCUUCUAUUGGCUUCAACCUCUCCCACUUCUUGACAUCCGAGCGGCUCUGAGAAAGGCUCAUCUAGGUCCGAGUGUUUAUGCAGCGGAGACUGGCCGCUAGGGCUAAAGACCUGGAUUAUCUGAGCUCAGUCGCCUGCUGCAAAGUCGGUCGUUGCCGUUUUGGAAAAAAAAAUCCCAGCCCCGAUCUGUUUACAGUGAAAGUUGACAAAGGGUGGUGAAGUUGGAUCCUUCCUAAACUCUCCUGCCUGGAACCUGAGACUUGCAUGCCAUGGAUCACACACUCUUUGGCUGCCUGCGCAGCCCCCAUGCCACCGCGCAGAGCUUGCACCCUUUCUCCCAGUCUUCUCUUGCCCUGCAUGGAAGAUCCGACCACAUGUCCUACCCCGAUCUGUCUUCUUCUUCUUCCUCUUGCAUAAUAACGGGAUACCCCAAUGAGGAGGGCAUGUUUGCCAGCCAGCAUCAUAGGGGGCACCACCAUCACCACCAUCAUCACCACCACCACCACCAGCAACAGCAGCACCAGGCUUUGCAGACGAACUGGCACAUCCCUCAGAUGUCGUCUCCUCCCGCCGCGGCCAGGCACAGCCUCUGCCUCCAGCCGGACUCAGGAGGACCCCCGGAGCUGGGCAGCAGCCCCCCCGUGCUGUGUUCGAACUCCUCCAGCCUGGGCACUACCACCCCUACGGGGGCAGCGUGUGCGCCGGGGGACUAUGGCAGGCAGGCUCUGUCCCCUGUGGAAACGGAGAAGAGAUCUGGGAAGAGGAAAAGCGACAGCUCAGAUUCCCAAGAAGGAAACUACAAGUCAGAGGUCAACAGUAAACCCAGGAAGGAAAGGACAGCUUUCACCAAGGAGCAAAUCAGAGAACUAGAAGCAGAAUUUGCUCAUCAUAACUAUUUGACCAGGCUGAGGAGAUAUGAGAUAGCAGUAAACCUUGACCUCACUGAAAGACAGGUAAAAGUUUGGUUCCAGAACAGACGGAUGAAGUGGAAGCGGGUAAAAGGAGGCCAGCAAGGGGCAGCAGCCCGGGAAAAGGAACUGGUGAAUGUGAAAAAAGGCACGCUACUCCCCUCUGAGCUCUCUGGCAUUGGGGCAGCUGGUCUCCAGCACACGGGGGACUCACUAGCGAAUGAUGACAGCCACGACAGCGAUCACAGCUCUGAGCACGCGCACUUAUGAUACACAGAGAUUGUCCCAGAUCCGUUCUCAGGAAAGAUGCUUUGCUGGCAAGCCUUACACAGGCAUCGUUUACGUAUGCAAGUGACUCUGGCAGUGAUUUUUAAAGUUGUUAUGGAAGAUUCAGGCUUAUUGUGUCUGUUUUUCUCAAUUUUUAGAUGGUUUACAGUAAGUGCCAUGUCUUAAAGGUGCCUCAAGAUUGGAGAAGUGGAAGAUGAACUUUGAACAUUCCAGAUUUGUUUGUCAUGUUUAUGACAGCGGGCAGGUAUUUUUGCUUUAGCUUGCACUGAAAAUUACAUUGCUCUCAACAGACAUUAUAUUCUGAAAACCACAGUGCCACAAAAUCACUAUCUAGUGGAUAAGAAAUGUAUUUUAACUCUGUAUAUAUUUACCUUACAGCAUUUUCCUGUCUUCACUAAUUUUAGCAAUGCAUUCAUAUUAGCUGAUGGCAAUAGUCACUCAUGACAAUAAAUGGCUUUUUGUCUCUUUAUUUUUGUUUUGUUUCGCCAAAGACAUACAAUACAUGCAGAUACUUUUGUUCAAGUAGAGAAAGUAUCUGCUAGGACACGUCCUUGUAUGACAGACAAAACAAAUGUUAUGUUGCAUUUACUAUCAACUGCUGCUAAUAGGGUAUUAUUAAACUUACCUAGCUCCUCAAUUCUUCUUAUCUUAUAACUGCAAAAAAAAAAAAAAAGAUUUUUAGGAUCAUAAGGAUAGUCCAGUAACCUGCCAGAAAAUGUUCAUAUUCAGUGGAAACCCCAGAAAGGAUUAUUCAUUUCUACUUUGUCAUCACUGAGUACAUUGAUUAAUACUGACUCUGUGGAAAUGUUGCUUCAUCUUCAGUUUAAAAAGCAGUAAGCUGGAAGUUAUUAUCAACUGCUUAUGUUGGUAGGAAUCAAAAUAUGAAGGUAACUCACUAUUGUGUCCCAUGUAUAAAACCAAGACACAUUUUCUGUUACAAGCUUUUGUGUACAUACAGGCAAACACCAAAACUCAAAAUUUAAUGCAAACCAUUGAUUGUACUUUGUAAAGAAAAAUGUUUAAUAAAUAAUCCUUUUUAAAUA